AUGGCUGUGGCCCCAGCCCGUGAUGCCGAGCUCCUGCAGCUAGAGCUGGCCUCGGAGCAGCUGCUGCCAGAGAAGAGGUGGCUGCAGGUGCUCUCCAGGGAUCUUCGCUUUAACAGAAUUAGAGAGAUCCAACCUGGGACGUUCAGGCGGCUGAGAAACCUGAAUACGCUGCUUCUCAACAAUAAUCAGAUCAAGAAGAUACCAAAUGGAGCAUUUGAAGACUUGGAAAAUUUAAAAUAUCUCUAUUUGUACAAGAAUGAGAUCCAGUCAAUUGACAGGCAAGCGUUUAAGGGACUUGCCUCUCUAGAGCAACUAUACCUGCAUUUUAAUCAGAUAGAAACUUUGGACCCAGAGUCAUUUCAACAUUUACCAAAGCUGGAGAGACUAUUUUUGCAUAACAACCGGAUUACACAUUUAGUUCAGGGGACAUUUAAUAACUUGGAAUCUAUGAAAAGACUGCGACUGGACUCAAAUGCGCUUCACUGUGACUGUGAAAUCCUGUGGUUGGCAGAUUUGCUGAAAACCUAUGCCCAAUCAGGGAACGCACAGGCAGCAGCCACCUGUGAACACCCAAGGCGCAUCCAGGGCCGGUCAGUGGCGACAAUCACCCCGGAAGAGCUGAACUGUGAAAGGCCGCGGAUCACGUCAGAGCCGCAGGACGCGGACGCCACCUCGGGGAACACCGUGUACUUCACCUGCAGAGCCGAGGGCAACCCCAAACCCGAGAUCAUCUGGCUCCGAAACAAUAACGAGCUGAGCAUGACGACAGAUUCCCGCUUGAACUUGUUGGACGAUGGAACCCUGAUGAUCCAGAACACCCAGGAGACGGACCAGGGCAUCUACCAGUGCAUGGCGAAGAAUGUGGCUGGGGAGGUGAAAACGCACGAGGUGACCCUCAGGUACUUUGGGUCUCCAGCCCGACCCACUUUUGUAAUCCAGCCACAGAACACGGAGGUGCUGGUUGGGGAGAGUGUCACCCUGGAGUGCAGUGCCACAGGCCACCCCCCGCCACGGAUCAGCUGGACCAGGGGUGACCGGACACCCUUGCCAGCUGACCCUCGUGUGAAUAUCACACCUUCUGGCGGCCUUUAUAUACAAAACGUCGUCCAGGGGGACAGCGGAGAGUACACGUGCUUUGCAUCCAAUAGUCUUGAAAGCAUCCACGCCACGGCUUUUAUCAUCGUGCAGGCUCUUCCUCAGUUCACUGUGACUCCUCAGGACAGAGUUGUCAUCGAGGGUCAGACGGUCGAUUUCCAGUGUGAGGCAAAGGGCUACCCACAGCCUGUCAUCGCCUGGACCAAGGGAGGAAGCCAGCUCUCCGUGGACAGGCGGCACCUGGUCCUAUCGUCAGGAACUCUCAGAAUCUCUGGGGUCGCCCUCCAUGACCAGGGCCAGUACGAGUGCCAGGCUGUCAACAUCAUUGGCUCGCAGAGAGUUGUGGCCCAGCUGACCGUGCAGCCCAGAGUCACACCGGUGUUUACCAGCAUCCCAAGCGACAGGACAGUGGAGGUGGGAACCAACGUGCAGCUGCCCUGCAGCUCCCAGGGGGAGCCCGAGCCAGCCAUCACCUGGAACAAGGAUGGGGUUCAAGUAACGGAAAGUGGAAAAUUUCACAUUAGCCCCGAAGGGUUCUUGACCAUCAAUGACGUUGGGACCGCGGACGCGGGGCGCUACGAAUGUGUGGCCCGGAACACCAUAGGCUACGCCUCGGUGAGCGUGGUGCUCAGCGUGAACGUUCCUGAUGUCAGUCGAAACGGGGAUCCGUUUGUGGCCACAUCGAUCGUUGAAGCCAUCGCGACUGUGGACAGAGCUAUAAACUCAACCCGAACACACCUGUUUGACAGCCGUCCUCGGUCUCCAAAUGACUUACUAGCCUUGUUCCGGUACCCGAGGGACCCCUACACGGUGGAGCAGGCGCGGGCCGGGGAGAUCUUUGAGCGGACGCUGCAGCUCAUCCAGGAGCACGUGCAGCACGGCUUGAUGGUCGACCUGAACGGAACGAGCUACCACUACAACGACCUGGUGUCUCCGCAGUACCUGAGCCUCAUUGCCAACCUGUCGGGCUGCACCGCCCACCGGCGCAUCAACAACUGCUCAGACAUGUGUUUCCACCAGAAGUACAGGACCCACGACGGCACCUGCAACAACCUGCAGCAUCCCAUGUGGGGCGCCUCGCUCACCGCUUUCGAGCGCCUGCUGAAGGCCGUGUAUGAGAACGGGUUCAACACCCCCCGGGGCAUCAACCCCCACCGGCUCUACAACGGGCACGUGCUGCCCAUGCCCCGCCUGGUGUCCACAACGCUGAUAGGCACGGAGACCGUCACGCCCGACACGCAGUUCACCCACAUGCUCAUGCAGUGGGGCCAGUUCCUGGACCACGACCUGGACUCCACGGUGGUGGCCCUCAGCCAGGCCCGCUUCUCCGACGGGCAGCACUGCAGCUCCGUGUGCAGCAAUGACCCUCCCUGCUUCUCUGUCAUGAUCCCCCCCAAUGACCCGCGGGUCAGAGGCGGGGCCCGCUGCAUGUUCUUUGUGCGGUCCAGCCCCGUGUGUGGCAGCGGCAUGACCUCCCUGCUCAUGAACUCCGUGUACCCUCGGGAGCAGAUUAACCAGCUCACGUCCUACAUCGAUGCCUCCAACGUGUACGGGAGCACAGACCACGAGGCUCGCAGCAUCCGCGACCUGGCCAGCCACCGCGGCCUCCUGAGGCAGGGCAUCGUGCAGAGGUCUGGGAAGCCGCUGCUGCCAUUUGCCACGGGGCCACCCACCGAGUGCAUGCGGGAUGAGAACGAGAGCCCCAUCCCCUGCUUCCUGGCCGGGGACCACCGCGCCAACGAGCAGCUGGGCCUGACCAGCAUGCACACACUGUGGUUCCGUGAGCACAACCGCAUCGCCACGGAGCUGCUCAAGCUGAACCCGCACUGGGACGGUGACACCAUCUACUACGAGACCAGGAAGAUCGUGGGCGCGGAGAUCCAGCACAUCACCUACUGGCACUGGCUCCCCAAGGUCCUAGGGGAGGUGGGCAUGAAGAUGCUGGGCGAGUACCGGGGCUACGACCCUAGCAUCAAUGCUGGAAUCUUCAACGCCUUUGCCACGGCUGCAUUCAGGUUUGGCCACACGCUUGUCAACCCACUGCUGUACCGGCUGGAUGAGCACUUCCAGCCUGUUGCCCAAGGCCACAUCCCCCUCCACAAAGCCUUCUUCUCCCCAUUCCGGAUCGUGAACGAGGGGGGCAUCGACCCGCUGCUCAGGGGACUGUUCGGGGUGGCGGGGAAGAUGCGCGUGCCUUCCCAGCUGCUGAACACGGAGCUCACAGAGCGGCUCUUCUCCAUGGCACACACGGUGGCCCUGGACCUGGCUGCCAUCAACAUCCAGCGGGGCCGCGACCACGGCAUCCCGCCCUACCACGACUACAGGGUCUACUGCAACCUGUCCGCGGCCCACACGUUUGAGGACCUGAAAAACGAGAUCAAGAGCCCCGAGAUCCGGGAGAAGUUGAAGAGGCUGUAUGGCUCCACGCUCAACAUUGACCUCUUCCCAGCCCUCAUGGUGGAAGACCUGGUCCCUGGCAGCCGGCUGGGCCCCACCCUCCUGUGCCUGCUCAGCACACAGUUCAGGCGCCUCCAGCACGCAGCUCAGGCGCCUCUGGACGGGGACAGGUUGUGGUAUGAAAACCCAGGGGUGUUCUCCCCCGCCCAGCUGACCCAGCUCAAGCAGACGUCCCUGGCCAGGAUCUUGUGCGACAACUCGGACAACAUCACGCAUGUGCAGGGGGACGUGUUCAGGGUGGCGGAGUUCCCGCACGGGUACAGCAGCUGUGCCGACAUCCCCAGGGUGGAUCUCCGCGUGUGGCAGGACUGCUGCGAAGACUGCAGGACCAGGGGACAGUUUAACGCGUUUUCGUAUCAUUUCCGAGGCAGACGGUCUCUUGAAUUCAGCUACCAGGAGGACAAGCCCACCAAGAAAAUGAGACCACGGGAAGUACUGAGUGUCGUGAACCACCAACAUCCCAGAAAUGCCACGUCAGCCACCUAUGAGCACUCCAAAGGACCAGGGACAAAUGACUUCAAAGAAUUUGUUCUGGAAAUGCAAAAGACCAUCACAGACCUCAGAAAACAGGACGGGCAGAUCACCUGCUUCGUGGAAGCUUGUCCACCUGCCACUUGUCCAGCACCUAUGAAGAUCAAAGGAGCGUGUUGUCCCAUCUGCUUGAAGAAAACCACGGAGGAGAAGCCGUAGGCUCUGGAGAAGCUCCUUGAAGUUAGUCUGCUGGGUCAUCGUGAGAUCAGACGGCCGAUACAGGCAGCUGCAGACCAAAGGAAACAUCCAGGACUCAAGACGUUUCAGGACAAUGUCCAGCCGGUGCUGUUACAGAACGUAGCGCAGGGAGCUUUCGACUGGAGUGCUCGUCAGGAAGGACACACGGAGCGGACACACGGAAGGGACGCAGGCACGAGUCCUAACUUCAUGUUAGAUUUCUCAGGUUUUUAUUUAAUUCUGUUAAAAUGAUAACUUGGUGCUACUAUUAAAUCGCACAGUUAAUCCUUUAGGCUUCUAAAUUUAUUUCUCCUAAUAACACCAUUUCUUUUUAAAUAAAGCAGGAUCCCUGUAAAUGUUAGUGCUGCCUGGCUCUGACACCGGGAGCUCACAGAUGCGUCACCCGCAGGUGGGGUGAUUACGGAGCCACCAGAAGGUCGCUCGCCAAAAUCUGGGUUACAUCAAAUGCUACGUUUAAAAAGAAAAUCGGUGUUUGGCAAAUGGAACAGAAUCGUGUAUGAGCGUGUUCACAGGGACACAGGCUCCCGGCUCCCUCCAUGGUAACCUUUGGCCACCUCCCCCUUCUGGGUCCUCUGUAACGUUUCGCAGGUCAUAGCGUUAAAUCAUCAAACAGACAUUCCCGCCACUCAGAGCGGCUUUGCACCAUGUCUCUGGGUCAGCUCUGUCCACACAUGAUCAUGACAUUAUUAGGCCACAUCUAGGAACAGGUUUGUUUUCACUUAUGACUUGCAUGCACACUGCCUAGUUGUGAACCGAAUGUGAAACCCUCUUCAUCCCAUUCCGUACCUGACGACACCUGCUGGUGACCGUGUGCGUUGACGAAACUGGUCCACGGCCAGGUCUGGAUUUGCUCGUACCCGUGAGGCUCUGUCGCUGACCGGAGCACACGGAGGAAGAGCCACUCUCCAGAUGCUUCUUCCCACGGGCUGAAGGAAUUCGAUUGUGAGAACUUUCUAACUUUAGGUUGUGUGAGCGUGUUAAGAAAAAAACGAACCCCUGUACCUCAUUUGUAUUUUUAAAAUGCAUGAUGUUUUAUGAAAAUUUGCCCAGUUUUUAGGUGUUAGAUUUGGCAGGAAAUCAUUUCCACUAUGCAAAAGUUCUUCUAGGAUUCAGUGAAAGCAACUCUCAUACCUCAUGGUCUCUCUCUUUUUAAUUGACUGAAACCUUCCACUUUGUUCUGAAUGCCACCUGGUCUGUGUUCUGAGAAACGAUUCUCUGAACGUGCAAGUCCAGCUCAACCCACCUUUACUUGAGGGUCCACUGUGCGCCAGGCCCUGUGCUGGGGACACAAGAUGCAGAGAUGCAGGGACCCCUAGCCUCAUAGAGCCUCCAGCUGAGGUUUCCAAAAUUGGUGGCAUCAUAUUGAGACCAUUAUUAGUGGGGAUGGCAGGAAGGUCCCGCAGUGUCUGGCACAUCAUGGACUCUUACGAUGUCGGGUGUGAUUUGCACAUGAUGCAUUUUCCAGUGCGAGCAUCGAUCCCCCUGAAAGAGACACCCCAAGACCUCCCUGCACAGUCUUCCAAGUCUCCUGGGGAUGUGGGCAACAAUCCUGCCGUGAGGUGGUCACAGCGAAUUUGUGGUGUUUAUGUAUACAAACGGUUAUCCUGACUUGUUAUCCUCAUGUUAAUAAAUAAUAAAUCAGAGCUGGUUGCUGUCCCAUGGGACAUGAACUUCUUUUGAAAUAUCAAGUCAGAUUUUGUGAUCAGAUCUUGGCACAGAUUUCUGUAAACUAGGAAAUGUGUAAGUGUGUCUAAAAUUUGAUGGUUAUGUAAGUUGCUCAGGUAUAAAAUGACAGUAGAUUCUACAUUUUGGGGGUGUCUUGCUGUUUCCUAAGUGCCUUGGAGGUGUGCUCAUGGUCUCCUGCCAUGGAGUAUGCGUGGAGGGAGGUCAGGCGUGCAGCUUGGGCAAGUGUCAAGGGUUUACGUUCUCUAAACCGAAGCGGGGGAAGCUGACUGUGAUUUACAGUAAAAUUCUGUAAUUCAGACCGAAAUGUCUGCAGUUUAUCAGUUUGAUAUUAUAUAUAUUAUAAAAACAGUGGGCAGUUCCUGAACAAAGUUUUUUAGCAGCCACUGUAGGGGAAUUGCGGUUAUAGGAAGCAAAAUGUACAUAUUUAUUUACUUUUCUAACUGUUGCCAAUAGCCAAAUAAAUGCCUUUUUAACGUUCAUUGUAUUUAGUAUAUUACCAAAGACGUGUUUGCACUAUGUAAUGAUGCCUUUCAGUUCAAAUAAAUGGGCCACACUUUCAAAUGGAG